UUCGAAAUUGAUAGAAAAUUUUGACUGCAGCACCGAGUCCUUUCUCCAUGUCCAGGGCUUUAGCUUUAUUUUGUACGUGCAAGAAGAUCAAGACCAGCUCUAAGUUAGCUACCGUUCGUCCCAUGUGAAGAGGCCGCGCCUCAAAUUGUCCGAUGCCUCAAUGGGCAAAUCAUGUCAUCACAGACUCUGUGCCCUUCGGCCCCUCUUCAAACCAAUUCAUAAGUGCUUCAUCCUCGUUGCCUUUAGGGUUGCUAGACGGAGAUCACUGUCCACCUUGCUCUUAAAUUGGGAUCCCUCGCUUGCUCAAUGCCAACAACCCCCUUUCUCGGCUGCUCGGCUGCCCACUUCCCGAGCUCGCUUCAAGCUUUCUCUGCAACUCAGAAGUCCGUUCUUUGUCCUCAAAUAUCAGCUUUCAACUCUCGAAAGUUCAAUCGCUGGGGUCUGACUUUGACGGGUCAUCCACUUGUCCACCUCUGUGACCUGGAAGAGUGGAGUGGCUGGUUUGUCAAUGGUUGUAAGGUUUUGUGGGAGGCCCAAGAAGUAACGCUCUA